AUGGCGCCCAAGCUGGAUACGAGCGACCCACAGGUCGCGCGUCUCGUAGACCUCUUUGCUACGAUCUCGCUGACAGGUCAACGUGCCGCAGACACAAUCAAGAAUCCCAAGUACGCGCAUGCCCUAGAGCAAACCAUCACCUCGCUGCAUCUCGACCAAAAGCAGCUGGAUGCCAAGACGGGCGGCUCAGUCGUCGUCGCGGCCUCGAGCGGCUGUGAUCUCCCAGAAGCGAAGCUGAACUAUGUCGUGGAGCGCGUGCUUCGUCAGGACUUGAAGUCGACGGAUCAGAUCCAGACGGCCUGCAAGUACGUUACAGACGUCGACUCGAUCGACGAUGCUGCGUUUGAUGCUGCAUGUGGUGUGGGCGUGGUUGUCACGCCAGAGCUGUGCAAGGACAAGGUGCUGGCGUACUUGGACGCACACAACGACGAAAUUUCUUCCACGGGCGGCUGGCCGAAGAUGUCUGCGAUUAUGACGGCGGUGCGUGCGGACCCUGCGCUGCGCUGGGCGAAUGCGGUGGACAUCAAGACGGCCGUCGAGUCGCUUCUCACCGAGCGCUUUGGCCCUCGCAGUGCAGCGCCGAAGAAGAAGGCUGCACCCGCCGCGGGCCCCGCGGCCAAGGCGCCCAAGGCCGAGAAGAAGAAGGAAGAGAGUGUGCGCCCGGACGCCAUGUUUGAAGAAGGACUGCUGGCUUCCCUUCACAAGCCUGGCGACAACCCACAAAUCAAUCCGCGCCUUCGUGAAGAGCACUUGCGUGCGACCAAUGGCGCUGUGAUCACGCGUUUCCCACCGGAGCCCAAUGGCUUCCUGCAUAUUGGCCACUCCAAGGCCAUUGCCGUCAACUUUGGUUAUGCGCGAUACCACAAGGGUCUGUGCUAUCUGCGUUUCGACGAUACCAACCCUGCCGCAGAAGAGGAAAAGUACUUUGUGAGCAUUCUUGAGACGGUGCGCUGGCUCGGGUUUGAGCCCUACAAGAUCACGUACUCGUCGGACUACUUUGACCGCUUGUACGAGUUGGCUGUGGAACUAAUCCGCCGUGGCCUGGCGUACGUCGAUCACUCAACGGCGGAGGAGAUCCGGGCUGGCCGCGGUGGUCCUGACAAGGGCGAGCGCUUCGAGAGCAAGUGGCGUCACCGGCCUGUGGACGAAUCGCUGCAGGCGUUCGAGGAAAUGAAGAACGGAAAGUACAAGCCUGGCGAGGCCACGCUGCGUAUGAAGCAGGAUAUUCUUGGCAGUGGCAACCCGCAAAUGUGGGACUUGAUUGCCUACCGCGUCCUUGACGCCCCGCAUCAACGUACAGGUACCAAGUGGUGCAUCUAUCCGACGUACGACUUUACGCAUUGUUUGGUCGACAGUUUCGAGAAUAUUUCACACUCUCUUUGCACGACUGAGUUCAUUCUUUCCCGUGAGUCGUACGAAUGGCUGUGUGACGCCUUGGAGGUGUACAAGCCGCGCCAGUACGAGUACGGUCGUCUCUCGAUUGAAGGCGCUGUGAUGUCGAAGCGCAAGAUGAUCAAGUUGGUCGCGGGCGGAUAUGUUGACGGUUGGAACGAUCCGCGUAUGUACACCAUCAUUGGCUUGCGUCGUCGUGGUGUGCCGCCCGGUGCCAUUCUCUCGUUUGUGAACCAGCUCGGUGUGUCGACCCACAACUCGACCAUUCAGCUGAACCGUUUCGAUCAGAGCGUGCGUCAGUACCUGGAGCUGAACACACCGCGUCUUAUGAUGAUUGUCAAGCCGCUCAAGAUUACGAUCGAAAACAUCGACGAAGACUUUGUGUUGGACAUUGAGAAGCCCCUGCAUCCCAAGGUCCCAGAGAUGGGUACGGUCAAGGUGCCGUUUGCGAAGACAGUGUACAUUGACGCCUCUGAUUUCCGGACCGAAGACGCGGCGGACUAUUUCCGUCUGGCACCUGGCAAGAGCGUGGGCCUGUACCAGGUGCCGCACCCGAUCACAUGCACGUCGUUCCGUACCGAUGAGGCGGGUCAAGUGGUCGAGCUGCUGUGUCGCUACGAAAAUGGCGGAGAGAAAGUCGUGCCAAAGACCUACAUCCAGUGGGUGGCCGAGUAUGCGCCGCGCAAGAGCCCUGUGCGUGUGCGCGAAGUACGCCAAUUCAACCCUCUGUUCACAUGUGAGAACCCUGCGGCGCAGGAAAACUUCCUGGAUCACAUCAACCCGAACAGCAAGGAGGUGCUGAAGGAUGCGAUGAUCGAGGUGGCCUUUUACGAUGUUGCGCGCCAAUCGCUGGAGAAGGCGCGCGCGGACGCCUCAGAGCGCAAACGUAUUGCUACGCACCAAGCCGAAGAGGCCUUGGGCAAGGACCUGGCGGCGCGUCAGUCGGAGACGACGACGACCUCCUCGCUGCAGGCGACAGAGUCGAACACGAUUGGCAAGGAGUGUGUGCGCUUCCAGGCGAUGCGUGUGGGCUACUUUGCCGUGGAUAGUGACAGUUGCAUGGCGCUCUUUGGCGACAAUGUGAGCAACGGGGUGGACGACCUGGUGUUCAACCGCAUUGUCUCGCUCAAAGAGGACGUAGGCAAGUCGAAGUAA